CAAAUGUAUUACUUUUUUAUUUUGUAUAAACACGAGCUCAGUCGACGGACUUUUAUUUUGACUUUGUCCGGAACAGGAAGUUGUCGUCCUAAACUCCGUUUAGCUUUAGAAAUGUUCGUACCGCUGAAGGUUCAAACCCGCACCUUAAACCACUAAGCCACUUUUCGGGAAACGGUUUAUCUUCCCAAUAUUCAGCCAUGGAGGACGACAUACAGGAGGAGGUCCUUUCAGAGUUCAGAGAGAGGCGGCUGGGCGGCUGGCAGGUGCUGCAGCUGACGGCGGGCACAGGUUUGGCCGUCUAUGCCGUCUGGGCAGGGAUCCUGAUGCCGGGGUUUCGUCGAGUGCCUCUCAAGUUACAGGUGCCUUAUAUGCCAGCGAGCAGAGCUCAAGUGAGUAACGUCAUGACUCUCCUGAGGGACCGGUCUGGAGGCAUCGCUGACCUGGGCUCAGGCGACGGUAGGAUCGUGUUAGAAGCGUGUCGUCGGGGAUUUUCUCCAGCAGUUGGUUAUGAGCUCAAUCCUUGGCUUGUUCGUCUUGCAAAUUUUCUUGCGUGGAGAGCUGGACAACACAGAAGUGUUUCGUAUCGGCGAGAAGAUCUGUGGAAGGUUGAUCUUUCGACAUAUAAAAACGUGACAGUAUUUCUAGCCCCUAGUGUGUUAAGCCUUUUACAAAAGAAGCUACUGGCCGAGCUGCCUGAAGACGCUUUGGUUGUGGCGGGACGUUUUCCGUUUCCUGAUUGGACGGCGUGCAAAGUCGAGGGUGAAGGCGUAGACCGGGCGUGGGCCUAUCGCAUGCGAGAACUGAGACAUGGCCACCAAUCACAAGACGAACACGAGAAGACCGGCUGAGAAACGUCUCAAAGCUCUAUUUCGUAUUCAUUUUAUCGCCUUUUAUGCAAUUCGGUUUUUAACGAUUUCAGCUGUUUUUAUUGUCGUCGAGAACAAAGCUGCUGUCUGUGGGUGUUCCUGAAAGGGUUCGAACCCGUGGAUCACUUCCUGUUUCUUUAUGUGACCUAGAUAAGGUUAUAUGUGUGUGUGUGUGUGUGUGCAAUAUUUCUCUUUUACAGAAAAAAGGAAAUAAAACACAUUUAUUGUGAGCGAUCUUACCAAAUGCGCAGUUUUGCACUCAAUCUAAAUUCUUACUCAACGUGCGCUCGAGAUGAUGGCUUGCAUAAUGCGAAGACGUUGAGAAAAACCACAUUAAACAACCUGAAGAAGCUUCCCUUUCGUCUUCAGAAAUAACAGGCGGCCGCAGACUGGUUCUCACAGAGCAGGAGGAACAUCUACAUGCAGAAGCAAAAAGCAAACAAAGCUUUGGUGUCUGUUAUUCGACCUAUUUUAAUUUUGACAAAGCCGUGGCUCAUGUGAUACAGACGAGCCAAAAUCUGUUCAGACGCCUUCGACAUUUCUCACAUCAUCAGUGUUUCUGCUAUAGUGGUAAUAUAAUAAAUGGUAACAAGAUACUUGACGUGUCAGAAAUUUAAGUAGAUGAUAACAAUUUUGUUCAAUCGAUCACCAAACGUUGCUUAAUUUUGUUCAGUCUGUGGUUUAAAAGGAUCGCAUUAGCAAUAAAAAAAUAAAAUAAAAAUUCUCAAUUUUA